GUGCAUCUUCAUGAACCAAAUACCCAUCAUUCAGAUUACACCCCCAAUCAUUUUCCCAUCGAUCGAAAACCCACAGACUUCGAUGGCCGAGUACAGGUUCCUUGUUCAAGAAACUCUAAUAGUGCUGUGCCUUCUCCUCUCUUCAACACCAGCCGCAACCUCUGUCGAUUCAUCACCACUGAACUGGAGCUGCAUCGCAGACGAGAGGGCUGCACUUCUAUCCGUCAAGGCAAGCCUCUUGGACCCCAAUAAUUACCUAUCGUCAUGGCAAGGUGAAGACUGUUGCAGAUGGAAGGGAGUUAGGUGCAGCGCAAAAACAGGCCAUGUUGUCAAGCUCAAUCUUAGGGGCAUGAAUUCAGAAAAAAUCGGAGGUGAGAUAAGCUACUCUUUAGUCAAUUUACAACAACUGAGGUAUCUGGAUUUGAGUGACAACUACUUCUAUGGGGUGCAAAUACCAGAGUUUCUUGGUUCCAUGUCGAGUCUUAGGUAUCUCAACCUUUCAUACACCUAUCUCUAUGGAAGGAUACCCCCACAACUUGGGAAUCUCACCAAGCUCAUCUACCUUGAUCUCAAAUGCUGGUACUUUUACAACCCUAGAUACAACUUACCCUUCUCAGUCGAUCUUGCAUGGCUGUCACAACUAUCCUCAUUGAAGCACCUCGACAUGAGCUUUGUAAACCUUACAGCUGCUGUGGAUUGGGUUCAUGAAAUUAACAGGCUUCCUACUUUGAAAAAUCUUAACCUAAGAGACAGUGGACUCAGAAAUACAGUUCCUUCCCUUCGUCAGUUUAAUCUCACGGUCUCACGGCACUCGAUGUACUCGACAUCUCACAUAAUAGCUUUGACACUACUAUUGCUCCAAACUGGUUUUGGAACGCAACCAGCCUCACUGUUCUUAACCUCCAAUUUUGUUACUUCUAUGGUCCGAUUCCCAACGAGGUAGGGAAAAUGGCAUCACUAGAAAAAGUUUCCUUCCAACAAAAUAAUCUCAUGUCAACCAUGAUACUGUUUCAAAAAUCUAUGCAACCUGACGGUUCUAGAUCUAGCGAGUAGCAAUA